GCGAGGAUCCAAACGUGGGGAGGAAGACAGGCAGACAGGUAGGACGUUUAUCAUAACUUUUAAUGAGAAACACGCAGGUCACUGAAACAAUGGACCGACGCAAGACACAGAACAGAAGGGGCUUAUAUACACGAGGGCCGGGAGCUAAGGUGAUUGGGAAACGAGAGGCAGGUGGGAGCAAUUAACGAGACACAAAGCUGAACCAAACAGGGAGACAGGACAGGGUGUGUCAUAGAGUUAGUUUCCUCAUCAUCACAAAGUUUUAAUAUUCAAACAUGCUCUUACUCCUACUGUGUCAGAUCACUGCUACACAACGUGAAGCCAGGAUCUCACCUGGCUACGAUUGCCGUGGACCAGAUGGAGACACAGUUAAAUCACGCUGAAGUGGUUCACCUGGCUCUGUUGAAACGGAUAACAGAUUGGGACAAGGACAUGUGAGUUUUGUUUUUUCACCGGUGGAUGAGAAGACCUGACUGGAACCAAAAGUCUGUCAUCUUUUUUUAAACAACUGUUUUCCUGUAGCUUCAACUUGUCUGAGCUAAUUAUUCCCUCUUUUAUUUCCUCUAAUCUGGAUUACUGUAUUAGUCUUUUCACCUGCCUUAUAAGAAAGAGCUGGACCACAACUUUUAACCGGACCACACAAAUAGAGCCAGAGCACGUCUGCUUCAGUCUUCACUGGUUUCCAGUGUUUCACAUUCUGACCAUCAUUGUUAAAGCCCUGCAUGGUCAGACUCCUCCCUACAUCUGGACCCGCGAAUGCCCAACCCUGAAAUGUGAACCUGACACACUUGUUUAGUGUCAAAUGAAGGAAGAGCGGUGACUGAACCGAACUAGGGCUGCCACGACUAGUCGACGCGUCACGACGACGUCAACAAAAAAAUAGUCGACGACUAAUUUAACAGUCGAUGCGUCGUUUGUUGUAUGAGCAUUUUUAAAAUCUCGCCUGCUGCAGCACGUUCGGCACGUUUGCUUCCUGCCCUGCUGCUUAUGUAAGUGGAGGCACAUGCGCUGUAGUGCCACUCCAGCUUAGCGUUCGCGCAGAAUCACCGGAGAAAAAACACAUCAUUGCAAAUCGACAGCGGAGCUCGAAGGUUUGGGAGCAUUUUAUGAAAACAACUGAGAAGCAAGUAGACUGCAAACUCUGUAAGGUGAAAGUUUCAUUUCACGGGAGCACAUCGGCGAUGCACGAGCAUCUUAAGAGGAAGCACGUGAUGGCGGAGAAUGAAGAAUCACCUCUUGCUAAAAGAAAGCGCUCUUCUACAAUGGACAAGUUUCUCACAAGGCCAACCAAGUGCACACCGCAACAAGCCAACGCCCUGACUGAGGCCAUUUUGAAUAUGCUGGUAACGGACAUGAGGCCCCUUUCCAUGGUUGGCGAUGAAGGUUUUAAAGAUAUGAUCAAGAUGUUCAACCAAGAAUACUAUGAGAACUAUCUACCAGGCCGGUCACAUUUCACCACACUGAUGGAAAGGAAAUAUGAGACGACCUUUGAAAAGCAGGCCCUCAGAGCUGUGACUGGUUCCCCGACCCUGACUGCUGACGUGUGGACCAGCCGUGCUACAGAGGCGUACCUUGGUGUUUCCUGCCAUUUUCUGAGCGAAGACUGGAACAUGAAAAGCUUCAACCUUGCCAUCAUGCCUCUAGAGGAGAGGCACACUGGCACAAAUAUAAUGACUUGGAUAGAAGAGGUUUUAGCUAAGUUUGAAGUCCUGCCUGUUAAAAUAAAAGCAGUAGUUCAUGACAGUGCUAUGGUGGCAGCAAUGAGACUGCUUGAAGAGAAACAUGGAUGGGCCUCUUUUUUUUUUGUAUUUUAGUUUUUAGUUGCGUACAUCUGAUCUGUUUGACAUUGUAGCAUUUGUAUUAACAUGUUGCAACAUAAUUCAUUAAAAGCAGUUUGAUAAGC